GGAGCGCUGCUAGUCCAUAGAUCAAAAUUCUCUUUUAUUCCAUUGAGCCUCCGAGACACUCAAAACAGCCAGCGGAAGUCCAGCGUGCGGCUUUCCUUGUUGUGUCCAUUCUGUACUCCUCGCCGCAAGCCAGCGCAGAGUUUGGGCUUCGAGGCGGCUGCGGUGGAGGCUCAGGGGCUCCGCUCCGACCGGCGCAGGCACUUACAUAUUGCCGGUAUUAUAAGCAUCAACCAUGGGGGACCCGCGAGUCUCCUUCUCGGUUGCAAACAUCCUCGGCAAGGGCCCGAAUGACCCGAAGCUGGAGGACGCCUACCGCGUGGAUAAGCAGAUCGGCAAGGGUGCCUUCGGUGUGGUGCGUGCGGGCGCCAAGCGGUCCACGGGCGACCCGGUGGCGGUGAAGAGUAUCAGCAAAGCCAAGCUGGUGUGCAAGGAGGACGUGAAGGACGUGCAGGCGGAGGUGGCCAUCAUGAACCUCGUGGCGGGGCAUCCCUACGUGGUCACGCUGCGGAGCACGCACGAGGACAAGGAGUUCGUGCACAUUGCCAUGGAGCUUUGCGCGGGCGGCGAGCUGUUUGACAGCAUCGUGGAGGCGGGCAACUUCACGGAGAAGAAGGCGGCGCUGUACUUCCGGAAAAUGGUGGAGGUUGUGAACCAUUGCCACGAACUGGGUGUGAUGCACCGCGACCUCAAGCCCGAGAACUUCCUGCUAACCAGCAAGGGGCCGGAGGGCGAGCUGAAGCUGACGGACUUUGGGCUGGGCGUGUUCUUCAAGCCCGGCGAGCGCUUCCGUGACCUGGUGGGGAGUCCAUACUACGUGGCGCCCGAGGUGCUGCGCAAGAACUACAGCCACGAGGCGGACAUGUGGAGUCUGGGCGUCAUUCUAUACAUCCUGCUGUCGGGUCUGCCGCCCUUCUGGGGCGACACCGAGGACCAGAUCUUCAAGAUGGUGCUCAAGGGCCACAUCGACUUCAAGACGGACCCCUGGCCCAAGAUCAGCGAGGCCGCCAAGGACUGCGUAAAGCGGCUGCUGGACCAGGACGUGACCAAGCGCGCCACCGCGGCGCAGAUCCUGAAGCACGAGUGGCUGGUGAAGGAGGGCGUGGCGCUGGACAUUGCGCUGGACAGCGUGGUGCUCAAGCGCCUCAAGCAGUUUGCGCAGAUGAACAAGCUCAAGAAGGCAUGUCUCAUGGUCAUCGGCCAGCACCUGACGCCGGACGAGAUCGCGGGUCUGAAGGAGCUGUUCAAGUCCAUCGACGCGGACGGCAGCGGCACCAUCACAGUGGAGGAGAUGCGCAAGGCGCUGGCGCAGUGGGGCCACAAGAUCAACGAGGUGGAGCUGCAGCAGCUGAUGGCCAUUGCGGACGUGGACGGCGACGGCCUCAUCGACUACAACGAGUUCGUGGCGGCCACCAUGCACCUCUCCAAGCUGGAGAAGGAGGAACUGUUGCAGCAGGCCUUCAAGCAGAUCGACAAGGACGGCAGCGGCACCAUCAGCGUGUCGGAGCUAGAGCAGGAGCUGAAGAAGUUCGGCAUCUACGACGACGCCAAGGAGCUGUUGGCCACGGCCGACACCAACGGCGACGGGCUAAUCGACUACCUGGAGUUCUGCUCCAUGCUCCGGAACAACAACGAGGCACUCAAGCAGUCGACGCGCGCCAUCAAGCGUCAAUACUCGAAGUUCUUCUAAGCAGCAGGCCAUGGCAGAGCGACAACAUUGCAGGCCUGGAAUUAGGCCAGCAAGGGAGCACGGAGCAAAUGCGUUACUGGAGCGCACUCGGCGGCAAGGCGGAGAUGAAGGGGAGGCGGAGCACGACCGGCGGCAGGACGGAGCAGGGAGCAAUGGCGUUCAAGCAGCUGCACAAGCGGCGGCGCCGUUGAUCAUGAAGCGUGGUCCACCAACUUGUGACUGGUGCCCCGCCGCGAGCACACGUACAUGACGCGGGCAGGUGUUUGUGUUUGAGAGUCCGAGUCUGUGGCGGCGCCCGCGCGCAGGCCCGGGCUGUUGCCGUGUGUUUGGACAGGUGCAGUACAUGCGCGCUAGUUUGGUCAAGAGCUGAGGCGUCGAGCUGAGGCGCCCGGUAGCCGGGCGUAAUCCCACAUAGUGUGCGGUAGAUGAUCGCUGGACACCACUCACUGACGGGAAUCUGGGCUUGUGGGGGCCGUGAUGCCGUUGUUGGGGUCAGCAAGGAGGGUAGGGGCAGUGUGAAGGAAUCGAAGGAUUUACAGGACCGCAGGGUUGGUGAGAUAACGUACUCAGCACAGCAGGGGGCAACGCAAAGGAACGGGCGGACACAGUCGGCGUUUGCCUUGCUAGGGUAGCAGCCAAACCGGCACGGGCAAUGGGGUGAUUAGACAUGCACUAGCUGGCAGUUCUGCAGACUAUGCAGCGUGGUUAGGUUGGUAGAUGAUGGUGGGCAGAGAUGAGAACGUCAUCGCUGUAUGUGCACAUGGCCUUGGCAAGAUGCCUUUCGUCCCUCUGCGGUACAUCACAGCCGGCGUGGGCGCAGUCCGUUUAUCCCUAACAGUGGCGAACCACAAUUCUUGUCUGCAGUCUAACAGCAAGGCAUAUACUUCCUUGUC